GUCAGGUCCGCCCCGACGCUGCGCUCUGCCCUUCCGCCGGGACAUGGCGCUGGAGCCGCGGUGCAUGGACGGCGACGUGGAGGACGGAGAGCUGUCCGGCUCGGACUCGGACAUGCCCGGCGCCGGCUCCCCCGGGCAGAAAUCACAUGAUGGCAGUGAUCCGUGCAGGCCAUUCCAGAGCAGCAUCUCAUCCAGUGCACCGAGUGUUCCCUAUCGGACAACCAAGAGUGUGGAUUCCAGUGAGGAGAGCUGCUCUGACUCUGACGAUGACAGCUGCCUGUGGAAACGGAAGCGACAGAAGUGCUUCAACUUCCCUCCUACCAAACCCGAGCCCUUCCAGCUCAGCCAGAGCCACCAAAAACAAACUGCGCUGCAUGGCAAGAAGGUCAACAACAUCUGGGGUGCAGUGCUCCAGGAACAGAAUCAAGAUGCGGUAGCCACUGAGCUUGGGAUUCUAGGCAUGGAUGGCAGCAUUGACAGGAGCAGGCAGUCUGAGACUUACAACUACCUGUUGGCUAAAAAGCUGAUGAAGGAAGCUCAGCAAAAGGAGGCAGAGACUUUGGAUAAGGAGCUGGAUCAAUACAUGCAUGAUGACAAGAAGACAUUGCCAACAGAAGGGGAAAACGGGCAAGGCUUUCUCAAAAGGAAGCGCCCCAUGAAAGAUAGACUGGGUGAAAGGCAAGAAAUGAAAUACAAAGGAAGGUAUGAGAUAACAGAAGAAGAUUCAGAGGAAAAAGUGGCAGAUGAAAUUGCUUAUCGACUUUGUGAGCCAAAGAAAGACUUAAUUGCUCGAGUGGUGAAAAUAAUUGGGAAGAGAAAAGCGAUUGAGCUGCUUAUGGAAACAGCUGAAGUGGAGCAAAAUGGUGGACUGUUCAUAGUGAAUGGCACCAGGAGAAGAACACCUGGGGGUGUUUAUUUAAACCUGCUGAAGAACACACCUAGCAUCAAAGAAGAACAAAUCAAGGAAAUAUUCUAUCUGGAAAACCAAAAGGAGUAUGAAAACAAAAAAGCUGCCAAGAAGAGGAGAAUGCAAGUUCUAGGGAAGAAGAUGAAGAAAGCCAUUAAAGGGCUUAACCUGCAGGAAUAUGAUGAUGCAUCUCGUGAGACUUUUGCUAGUGAUACAAAUGAGGCUCUGGCUUCCCUGGAUGAUCUGCAGGAGGGGCAUCAUGAAGCAAAGAUGGAAUCUGAAGAUAUUAUUGAAAUUGAUAACGCUCAUGAUUUGGAGAUCUUCUAGUUGCUAAAGUUCUUGAUAACAGUGUCUCUAUGAAACAUAUUAAAUGAGCCUUUCUUAUAAUCCCAUGUUUUCAUAAGCUGCAGAAACAUGGGAAAUAUUUGAUGCUGAAGAGCAGGAUAUGAUUCUUAGCUAAAUUUAACAGCAUGAAAGACUUUUAAUUGUCCUAGUAUUUGUUUGCUGAGUCCUCAGAAACUGUUAAGAUUUUCCUAGAUAAGAGCCCUGCAUCACCAUGUUUGUUCUUUUGGAAAUUUUUUUUAGUCACGUUAGGUUAAGGAAUUAAGGCUGUGUUUUAACCAAAUACUUCACAUUUAAUUUGCUGAAUCUAACAAAAGUGAAUAAGUGAGCAAAGCUGCUCACUACAGUUGAACAGAAAAACACUAAUUAUAAAGUUAAUCUGGAUAUAAAAUAUCAUAUA